UUCGCCUCCGCCAUUCCAGACAUGGCGGCUCCGCUGGGAGGUAUGUUCUCUGGGCAGCCGCCGGGGCCCCCGCAGCCUCCGCCGGGACUCCCGGGCCAGGCUUCGCUUCUUCAGGCAGCGCCGGGCGCCCCGAGACCUUCUAGCAGCACCUUGGUGGAUGAGUUGGAGUCAUCUUUUGAGGCUUGCUUUGCUUCGCUGGUGAGUCAAGACUAUGUCAAUGGCACCGAUCAGGAAGAAAUUCGAACUGGUGUUGAUCAGUGUAUCCAGAAGUUUCUGGAUAUUGCAAGACAGACAGAAUGUUUUUUCCUACAGAAAAGAUUACAAUUAUCUGUCCAAAAACCAGAGCAAGUUAUCAAAGAGGAUGUUUCAGAACUGAGGAAUGAAUUGCAGCGGAAAGAUGCGCUGGUCCAGAAGCACUUGACAAAGCUGAGGCACUGGCAGCAGGUGCUGGAGGACAUCAGCGUGCAGCACAAAAAGCCGGCCGACAUCCCUCAGGGCUCCUUGGCCUACCUAGAGCAGGCAUCCGCCAAUAUCCCUGCGCCUCUGAAACCAACCUGAGCACAAAGGCAAAGGAGUCAGCCUGGAAGCAGGCUGGUGUGUGAGGCAGCCCUGCGCAGUUUGCCGCACAGGCCUUCUUGUGGAUGAGGCUUUUUGGAAGGACUCUUGUCAGAGAAUGAGUUGAUUUUAGUUUUUUACCCUCAACUAAAAUUUUCUCACUAUUUUUGUAAGCUGUUAAUUUCUUGUAUACUUUAUAAAAUGCCUGUAGCUGGGGUAAAUCAAGUAAUUGUUUUUUUAUCUUAAGCAAAGUUUAGACUGUUAGUGUGUUGACACAGAUUAUUUUUUAUGGUUCUUUGCUUGUUUUUCAUAUUUGUAUGACUUUCCAUCUCUGUGUGUGUGUUUGCAGUUAGAUUAGUUUGUAUGACCUAAGGGGAAAAAAAUAGCCUGAGAAUCGGGAUGGGUAUUUUGGUUGUAGGCUUUUUAUGAAAUACCCCUCUCAGUGGUAGUAUCGGAAAAUAUGUACAUAUCCUGUGAUCAAGACUUUAAACUACCUCAAGAAAAGGAAUCUAAUGCAACAAUGUUUGCAAUACUUUCAGAACUCUUGAGAAUGAGGGUUUUUUGUAAAUAAGUCAGACUAGGAUUAAAAUAUCCUAGAUUAGUAUAGUAAUAUUACAGUAGAUUCUUACAUUAAUGCUUUUAUUUGGAGUAACUAUAUUUUGUGUGGUGUUUAUUACUUUUUGUUUGACACGGAAGGAUGUAGUGUCACUAAGUUUUGUUUCAUUAUGUGAUAAUGAAUCAGUUUAAUGGGGGAGACCCUGUUCUCAGAACUGUGAUAUUUGGGCCUUAAAUGAAGUAUGAGAGGUUAAAACUUACUCUGAUCAUCUCUUUUUCAGUUUUGUUUGCUUGUAUUGUUUUUGUUUUACAUUUUGGGAGAAGAAACAUUUCCCAUUAAGAUUCUUGUUAGUGGAUUUCAUUCUAAGAGACUAGGGUCUUGAAUGGGGCUACAGGGGGAUCCUUGGCUACUUAACCGCCACAAAGAGUAUGUGGUGCCUCUGCAUUUAGGAAGAUAUUUUGUUCUUUUGUAAGUUUCGCAGGUCACUUCAGAUUCUCUGUUGAAUUGAUGUUGGGAACUAUAAACCAGUGUUUUUCCUGGCUCUCAUUGGGUGAGGUUUUCCUGAGUUUAUACAGUCUCUUAUUAGAUUACAUCCCUUUAACCAGAACAAAUGCUUCACUAUCUUCUGAAUGGCCAGUACUCUUGUGGCUCAAUGUCUUGGCUUGUUUUGUUUUCCUGAUCCUUGAAGGACUCUCGCGACACACGUUGACAUCCACUCAUGUUCUUGGUCUGGCCUGGAUGUCGCCUGGUCCCUGCAGCCCCAUACCACCCUUACUACUGCAUCUCCAGGGCACAGGAUGUAUCUUUUUUGCUACCCAUGCUUGGGUCUCCCUUGUGGGUUAGUGAUUUGUAUCUGUCUGUCUCUCCUCACUGCAUUGUACACCCAUGAGAAUUAGGCAUUAUUGUCCUUAAAUAUACCAGGUCUGCAUACCAUUUGUCUUUGAUACUUGCUACUCUUUUUUUUUUUUUGAAAGCAGGAUUUAUUGAGAGAACAGAAAAACUCUCAUAGUGGGAGGAGACUCGAAGGGGUUGCUGUUACUCAGUUUUGUGUGUAUGUACAGGAUCCGGCAUGUGGGCCUGUUUUUUACCACUCUGAGGCCAGUGAACCCCCUCAAUUAGAAUGUUUUAAACAAAGAUUUUAAAAGUUUACAUUAUGUAAUAACCUCAUGUGAACCCAGGGUUGUUUAUCUGGUCAUCUCAUGGGAAUUAGAAACUCUGAUUGGCAGCAUUAGAUUUCUUGAUUAAAAACCUAAAUAAAAUGAUUAAAAAUUAGGUGUUUUUUCAAAGGGAUUCUCAGUGAAAAGAUUGUGAACUUACCUGUGUGGUGCAUAGUGAAAAUAUUUUUUAAAAUGUAUGUCCCAGUUAUUACCAUUUAUUAAAUUCAAAAGUUUUUGUCAAAUA